CAACAUUUCAGUGUUUCUCGUUUGGCGCUAGAGAGCAGUCAUUUUCCGCCGCCAUUUUCUCUGCGACGCCAUAGUGUUACAUUUCCUUGUUUUCUUUUACAAUUUUCUUUUAAAAUAACUGUUUCAACCGAUUCCAUAAGUGAAAACAGUACCGCGAUGUCUACCACAAUAGAUGAGAAUUGAAAAGCUUAUACUAGAAGCAAGUACCGUACAUCAAGAAUGUCCAAAGCGAUUUUCUUGAGGCAUUAGGAGCUAGAAGGCUCUUUACAACCCUCCUGAACUAUCAAUGCUAAAUUACAGGCUUGUCUCAACGCACUUCUUGAAGCAGCCAUAGUUUGUUGAGACCGUGCGAACUUUAUCGACUGCAAGAGUCGUACCAGUAUGUGUCGGGACCGAGAUAUGACGAGGCAGAGUUGUGAAAUUAUUAAAUAGACUGCUGUGGUUGACAGUAUCUGUAUUAGUAAAUAGUAUACCCGUCAAAACGGCGUUCGUUUCCGGGCUACCGUUUCGUUUUGUUUCUUUCAUUUUGUUUUACAUUAAAGGAUAAAUCAUAGGCUGGUUGUGUAGUGAUUGGUUGUGGAUCAUACGGCUGGCCCGCGCCCGGGCUUAAUAGUCGUGGCAAGCCGACACCGGGACAACAUUUCCAGAAUUCUCAACUCCAUAGUGGGCGCUGCCAGAUACUGCAUUAAACACAUUUCGGCCGAUUACUUUUGGAAAUUGGGGAUUUAGUUUCGAGGGUAGAACAAGAUGGUACUGUUGGAAAUUCAGGGUUUCGGCCAAGCAUCCGAUCGUUCGAGCGACCGUCGCAUUGUUAUAUCAAACGGGUGGCGUGCGCAGUGCUGUGAACAGGAUCACGAGGGGAGAGAGAGGGAGGAUAUGGCUGCCCCCGAGUGUGAAAGAGAGGCCCGCAAGCGACGCGAGCGCCGGGACUCUGGAUGUGCUCACGAGCGCAAAGAAAGAAGACCACACAGCGAAGAGCGGCUCCCACCACCGCCGCCGCCGCCACCUCUUCAUGAUUACAAUCGACUCGAGUCCGAACGCCGUGCAGAAAGGCUGUCUCGCGCACGCAGACCACAGUUCGGCAAAAGACGGCGCGCGCCCCGUCUCCCGCGGCAGCCCAAAGAAAAUGAUCACCCAGACGACACUCGCAGCGGAACACCCCCACAUUUUGAAUACGUUGUCCAACAGAAACCAGAAUUGUAUGAAGAAAUCCUACCGGCAUCCCAAACACAGACUUACUAUUGUGAGGAACCUGGGUUUAGUAGGCGCGACGAACGGAGCGUCCCACCUCGUCGCACGCAAGCCAGCCCUGACAGACGGCUGGAGAAGAUUAACAAAAAGAUCGCCGUUUUAAAAAAGACAAUUUUCAAAUACGAAAACGACUUCGAAACACAAAAUGGACGUGCAAUAUCUCCCGGCGAACGAAUGACCGAUGUUCAAUACAAUCGAAUGCUGGAGACGCUUCGACGCCUGCAAGCAGAAAAGCGCUGCAUCAAAUCGGAUCCCGUAGAGUACGCGCUGAAAGUUCAAGCAGCUAAAUUGCAAAAGGAAAGAGAUGAGAAGCUGGACGCAGCGCUAAGAAGCGAUAAGCCAAUGGGGGAUAUUGUUAGGGACAUUGAAGAGUGGAUCGAAGGCUGUCGCCAAGCAGCGGGUAGAGCAGCCAUACCCGAGUCGUCUUGGACGUCAGCACAGCUUGCAGCAGAAAAGGCGUGUGUUCAAAGAGCCUUAUUACGCCUAGAGGCGGCUAGAGGCAGGCCGGCAGCCAACACUGCGGAACGCGGUGCCGCCAGACAUUUAUAUGAACGAUACAGAGCUGUCAAACGAAACCUGCAAACUAGAUCUGAUAAUAUGGGAACAAAUGGUGAAUUAGCGACAAUUCACGAACAUGAAACAAUGCUGUUUACGAGUGUUGACAGUUCCAGUGAUUCCCAGGAGAAACCAUCUGAUUCUUCACAGGAAACGACUGAAACACCCCUUCAGUCACCCCCCAGUCGAGACAUAAUGGAGGAGAUGCCUUCCUCCACUUCUUCAGCGAAGUCGGCCACGAGUGAGGAGACUCCCUCCAAUGAGGGACUCCAUUUCCUCGGACUAGAAGACCUGGCACGAGCUCUAAGUGAAGCUAAAACGCAGAAAUGCGUCCUACGUCGAACGAUAAAAGAAUAUGAGUUCAACUUCGAGGUGCAGAACAGCAGAAAAGUGCAAAGAGAUGACAAGAAGGGAAGAGAGGAAGACUAUCAACGAUAUAAAGCAAUAAAGGCGCGUAUUAAAUUAUUAAAUGCACUUAUUAAUAAGCAGAAAGCUCUACAACAAUUUUAAAUAAUGUAAAUAUCGACGUUUUUAUAGCAAAAAUUCUUUGUUAGUAGAAUCAUUGGUAAAGAUUCAAUAUACAAUUGUCAAUAUAAUUUCCCGAAUACUGAAUGUGAGUCGAUUGUCAGGAGCUUUGUAUGAAAUUCAAAUUAUUUUCUAAUCGUCAUAUCUGUCAUAGUUUCAGUAGACAGCGAUUUCAAAUCAAGUGGCUAUAAAUGACACGUGUCAAAUCACAUAUCUGCCAACUUUUUUCUGUAUUUUCGGCAACAUGCUAUGCCUAGAGAAUUAUUUGUAACCAAUGACAAUAAAUGUCAUGUGUCAACUGUUAUCUCUGUAAAAAUGAACACAGAAUAUAUUUAAUCAAUUGCUACACCUGACCUAAUUUUCAGGUGACUAAGACAGUAUCUAAUACGAUUUUUAUUAAUUACUUAUUUUUCACUUUUAAGUAGUUUUAUGCUUUUAACAUUACAAUGAAUAUCGGAACUUAAUGUCUUGAAGUAAAUUUGAGAUAUCAAAAUAUAUUUGUAGAAUAAGUGCCACACGACAAAAUAUCGUAUGUUCUUAUAACUAUAAUGUUUUAUUUGUCAAUUUGUAAAUAAGUACCUAUGGCAUAAAUAGCUUGUAAAACUUCAGUUUCAAGCUUAACAAUAAUCUUCUAUGAAAUAGGAGUAGGUUAAUUACCAUUUGAAUUUAGCAUCAUAAACAUUAUUUCAGCCGAAUUAUUACAUUUGUUUAUGUACAUUAAUCAUUCUUGACGUGGCCCGUAAAAUAAAUUGAUAUUAAUGAAUAUUCUAUAUCUCGCCAACGUUAAUUACGUAAUACAUAGUCGAUUGUACAAUCAAGCGACAACUUAUUUCUAGCAAAUAACACAUUGUAAUAAUCUAUGCUGUCAUAAUAUAAAGGUGAAAAUUCUAUAAUUUUUUUGAUAUAACAGUUCCGUUUUCACUAACUCUAUUCAUACUUACUUUGAUCAAGUAAGAUGUGAUUGAUAUCAAAUUACCUUACCGUAAAACCAGUUUUAUGUUUUCCCGUAGUAUACACAUCUGAUCUGAAACGUCUUUCAGGUGCGUUAUAGUCUAUGAAAUCGUCUUAAUCGUUGACGUUGUACUGUUAUGAUUUACUGGUUAAAUCUUAAUUUAUCACAUAAUAUAACUAGACAGUUCCAAAUAGUAAUAUAGUAAAAAUUUUGUUUGUACAAUUAAUGUACCUUCUAGUAACCCUUAGAGAUAUGGUAUUUCAUACUAAUUUAUAUUAUAAGUAAUAAAAAACUAACGUGACCUUCAUUCUGGAUAUGUGUGUAAACAUACACCCCAAAUAAAAUAGUAAUUUAUCAAUAAAAAACAAUCUUUGAGAACUAUAUUUGCGACGGAGAGCUAACAAAUAAAGCUAAAUUCCUUAAAUAAGGCAAUAUAUUAACGAAGAAAAUAAUAUCGCCUAUUUAUUUAAUAUUUUCAUAAAUUAUGUAAUUUUAGUUUGUUGUCUACAUCUUUAUAAAAUAAAGCUAUUCGUUAUAUAAAAACGAUUCACAGAAAAUAUUGCCCUAUUAAACAAAUCGUAACACUAAAAAGUAUUGUAAAUAUUUCUAAGCAAUGGAAAAUGCGCGCGAUUAAACCUGAUGUUUAGGUAAAUAUUAGAAAAAGCCACGUUUUAAUAAUGUUAUAGUUAUACGGCCUUAUAAAACGUGAACUGAAGGGAAUGUUUCUAUGGUAACGGAAUCUUAGGUCCACGUCUUAUAACUAAGCCGAGAGGUUAUAUAAAAAAUUGAAAACUGACAAACAACGUGGCUGGGAAGUGCCCAGUUUUUAUCAGCUCAGUUAUAAGUAAAUACAAAUCAUGGAUAGUAAUCGGACUAACGGAAUUGUAAAAUUUCGUAAGCAUUAAUAUUUUUUCAAAUUUGACAACAUUAUGUUAACUAUUAGCCCUCGCGAUGUCGUUUCACCUGAAUAUGUUUUUGACUUACUUUUUCAGUAGCAUAUGGAAAGUUUUGGCAUUGCUUGUGGUUGCUAAAACCUAACUACCAAAUCAAACUUAAUUUUUAUUUUAUUUCAAUGUUUCUCUCCAUUAUAAAACUCAGAGGUUAAUGAAUAAAUAAAGAAAAUACUCUGAUUGGUCCAACCGUAAUCAGUUUUUGCGCAUAGCGACAUAUUUUGCGUCAGAUUUUUAUUUAUAUUUAUAUUGAUUAUACAACGUGGGACGUGCCCAUUUUUUGUCACGCAUUUUUUACGUUAAUGUUUAUAAACCGGACGUAUUAUUAUUUUACGUAAACCCUGAUGAAAUUAACUAUUACCUAGUAAUUGUUCAAUAUGCGUUGUUCAAAAUGGCACCGGGUCGGUCCGGUGGGGCGAUCUUGGACCACUUUAUAUGUUCUAUUUUUAUUCGCAAUAAUGCAGGUCAUACAAAAAAUUACCUUUCUCAUAGGUUCUCUUGCGUUUCAUUAUUAAGCAAACUGCAUAUUUUGUAAGCUAUAUUCAUGGUUAUUUUUGUUAGAGGCACUUGUAUUAAAAUAGUAUUUUUUAAGUUUGUUAUAUUGUCUAUCUAACACGAUGUAAAAAGUAAUAGUUGUAGUCAAUUAGAGAUCAGAGUUUAUCUUUGCUUCAUAGCUAGAUGUUUUAGUUGAAUUUUCGAUAACCUAUUAUGAUAAUGACACACCAUACUUUCCUUAUCAUUCUAGCAAACUUCUAAUGAUAGUGACAUAACAGGCAAAAGUUAUAAAUUAAAUACUUUGGAUAACAAAGUAUAUAAUGAAUUAAAAAUACUAUUUAUUUAUUUUAUUAAAAGCAAGAAAAUAAACUAAAAGGUAAUUUUCUGUUUUUAAAUUUUGUUAUUUUUAUUUUUAUAUUAAAUCUUGUAAAUUUUACGAUGAGACGACGGCGCCAUAUUGUCUGUGUCUAAGAUGAGAUUUGGUAUACCUAUCUGAAAGAAAAACUAAUGAAUGCAAUAGUCGACAACAAUAUUAUAAUAUGUAUUCAGAUUUUUUUGGAAAAAUAGGCCUUGCUUAACAGUAUUAUUUGAAAAUGAUAGAUGUCUUUACAAUACCAACGGUUCUUAUUGUCUUUGUAGCAAAUAAAAAAUAACAAUGAAUACUUCGUUCGCGAUAAUAAUGGGUGAAGUAUUUUUUACCGUAGCACACUUUCGACAAAAUGCUACGAGAUUUCGUAGCUGAUCUACACGCCUGCAACGAAAGCCAGCAAACAAUCGUGUGAUUUAGGGCGAGGACUUGUUUCUUAAAUAUGUAUAUAAUUCCUUCCUAAUAUUCAUUUAUAAUUACCUCACAGAGGUAACAUUUUCCUGCGUAUUAUUUGAGCUUAGAAAUAAGUGAUUAGCUGUGAUUUAUUAUAAAAUCCCUUGUAAGACAAGUGUAGUAGUUUUAUUUAGAUUUUAUAACGUGUUUCUUGUCCUAGACACAAAUUUAUUUUUCCUAACACAUUGUAUUACUUUUUUGUUAUAUAGAGUUUUAGUUCACUUUGAGACACAGAGAAACUAUAAAUGAAUAUGUGUUUAAAAAUCAAGCAUCGAACAUGACAAAAUAUAAAGAUUUUGUGACAACCCUGCUAUAAAUAAUACCUGGAGUUCAAUAGUCACACUUUUCAUGGCCUUUUAAAGGUUUGCUAAGGAGUUUUGUACUGUGAAUAUGACGUAGAGUAAAUGCUUAUAUUUGUAAUUGUAAGAACCGAUUUUUCUAUAACGUAGAUUAAGUAAACGUCUUUAUUAAUAACACAAUUUAGGUGUAGUGUGUAGACAGUUUAGCUAAAUGCAGGUAAUUAUACUUCUGAAAGAUCGUUUCUUACAUUAAAUUAACUUAUGUACAACCAAUCGAAAAACAGUUGUAUUCAAAUUGAUCUUACAUAAUGUUAUCGUGACAAUUAGCGUCUUUACUAUAUUAAUAUUAUUGGACGUUUUAAAUAAAGAAUGAUUUAACA